AUGGACCAGAGGUUGGUGAGAGCUGCAAUAUAUGGAGAUGUUACCACACUGCACAACCUCUUGAAAGAGGAUCCUCAAAUACUGCAGAAAGCAUGUUCAGUUCAUUUCGCAGAUUCAGCUCUUCAUGUCGCAGCACAAUGUGGGAAAACAGAUUUUGUGAACCACAUUGUGACUCGAAUGCCUUCAUUAGCCACAGAGACAAACCAACAAGGUAUGAUCCCACUGCACUUGGCUGCUUUUGAAGGUCAUGUUGAGACAGUGAGGGAGCUGUUGAAGGCAAAUGUUGAUGAUGAUGGAGUGAAUCAGUGCCUUGUGAAGGACGAAGAAGGCUGGACUCCGCUGCACUCUGCAACACAGAAAGGCAAGAUCGUGGUGAUGGAAGAGUUAAUCAGCGUAUAUCCUCAGUGCCUGGAACAAGUUACAGCAAAAGGAGAGACUGUUCUUCAUGUAGCAGUGAAGGCUAACCAAUUUGAAGCUGUGAAAGUGCUAGCAGAGAGGAUCAAAAGACUUCCAAAUUUCCAGACACUUUUGAAAGCACAGGACCAAAAUGGCAAGAGUGCCUAUCAACUUGCAGCAGCAAAGGGACAGUCGCAGGUACUAGAGUUACUGAAGGAAGAUGACGACAAGGGUGACGAAAUAAAAGAGGAACGUCAUAUAAACAUUGAGGGAGAGGGAAGUGAUGACCCUAAAGCAUCUAAAAAACUGCAGAGCAAUGCAUCGCAUCUAUUUCAGGAUGCAAUACUAGUGGUGGCCACCUUGAUUAUUACAUUAACAUAUCAAGCUUUAAUUUGGCAAGUCCUCCAUCAACCUUUUACAGAGAUGGCGGUAUUACCAUAG